GUCAUCGUCAUCGCCGCGUCCAAUGCCCCUCCUGUUUGUCUACAACGGCUCGCCCACGGAUACUGCUGCACGGGCAUGCUUUGCCAGGCUGCUCGCCUCGGUCAUGCUGGCGCGAUCGUCACAGCCGAAACGACCGCUCAUCCUUCCCGCGCAUCAACAGAAUCCCGGCGAGCCAGCGACUCUGUUUCUGGGCGAUUCACAGACCGUUGCCUGGACCCGCGACGUCGAUCGCAUCGGCAAGAUCUUGUAUGUUCGAGCCCCCGCUCCCCGAAAUCAGCACCAACAUCCGCAAACAUCAAUCGCUGCGGCGCCAUGCCUCACUCCUCACCCCACAAUCCAUCUUCUGCUCGCUUGUUCGCCAGCAAGGAUACCCACGAUAGCCCCAAGCUACCCUUCUCGCCUGGCAGUCUCGUCGAUAUCUUCUCGUCCGCUUGCAAGGCGGCCGAGCUCGUCUCGUCCCUGGAGCCCCAGGAGGCACACUGCAUCGUCUUGACAUCUGAGUCGCACUCGGACCCACUUCUUCAGCCUCAUUCGCCCACCAUCAAGAGCAAUCCUCCCAAGCCAUCCACCACGAAGCCACUCCAUUUUCACAUCGUCCUUCGAACUAACGGCAUCCUGGAGGAUGCUGCCGUCGUGGGCCGCUGCAAAGACUUUGUCCACUCGUUCUCAGCAUCAUUCUUUGUCCUGCGAGACCAAGGUCCCAACGAAUUGGAGCCGCUGCUGGAGAUCCUGGCCGACCGCGUGGGCUCGAGUGUCCACCUGCUUGCCUUUGGCCAUCUGCAGGCCGUGGUCCAGGCUCUGCCUCGACUGAAUCCAUCGAGUCCAGAGAGGGCCGUCCGCUAUCCGCCUGUCCUCUCGAUCACCCGCUUUGCGGCCGAGAGCGACCUCGUUGAUCUGGUGCCGGUCGAGAGGACCCAUGUGCUGCUACAUGUGGAGAACAACGAUGCGACGCUCUACAGCACUUUACUCGAGACAAUGCUCGAAUCCAAUCUGGUCGCAUGGGUGAGCACCGGUGACCACUGUCCCGAUGCGCUCCUGUAUCCGUCAAAGGAAAAGGCCGCCCUGGUUUUGGCCAUCUUGUCGGAUAUCCAGAGCCCACUCCGCUCAGCCCGAAUCAAGACCGAGCCCCUGACUCCUUUGGCAUGUGAAUCUGCCCUCGAGAACUUCAAGUUCGAGUCGCUGGUCGAGGCGCUCCAGACAAUCCGGAGGCUGUCGCAGCAAAGCGCCUUGACGCCCGACGAGUUUGGUCUGCUUGAAAAGUGCGUCCUCGUCGUCGUCGAGAUUGGCGAGCUGCACGUCCUGUUCGAGCCACUCAACGAGACGAAGCAACUUGUCUCUGCACUACCAAGAUCUGAGUCGCUUGUGGACCGCCUGAAUCAAUCGAUGGUUGCCAUACAAACCCGGUUUGUGUGACAGGUGUGAACGCAUAAAUACACUUGCGUCAAGUCCAGUAUGAAGCCCGGCAUGGAAUCCGCUGUCGAGUCCAGUAUGUAGCCCGGCACAACGAUCCGCGCCCCUCUGCUCAAAUUCUUACGGUUCCCGCGCAUUCCCUCACCGAGUCCCCGUGAGUACCCUGUACUCUUGGCUGCAAUACAACUCUCAGCAGCAAUACGACUCUC